CCAUACAACGUAUAUCAGAGUCAGUGUUCGUGGGACUGUGUCUUAAAGUUGGGACCUCACAACAGGUGGCCAUGAGGAGAGAUACGGUGGACAUCAGGGAGAUGGUGAGAAAUCGAGUGAUAACAAGUGAUGAGUUCAGAGAGAUGCUGAGUGGAAGUUAUGGAGAAGGAUUCAGACUGAUAGGAUCAGAUAUAGACAUGAUGUACUGGCCAAAUAAUCGCCGUGUGAUCUGGGACUUAUCUCACUCUCAGUAUUACAACACACACAGACUAAAACUGAUCCUCUGUGACUGUUCUGAUAGUCCACCAGGAUUUACUUUGUUAUAUUUACUGUCACCAAGCAUGAACAGAUUAAUCCAAAGAGAGCGUGUUAGAAUGAAUAAUAGAUAUUAUAUAUCUAGUUCUAAAGUCAGACAGAUCUAUUUAUCUGCAAUCCAACAACCUUAUAACCCCACUCCACAUGGACCCUGUGUCAGUGGAACAUUUGGAACACUAGAAUAUGAUUAUGCCUCCUGUUUUGUUAGUGACUUUUGGCCUCCAUCUGCCUUUUCAUGGACACACAGAUGUCACUCAUGGCCCCAGCCCCAUGUUGUUGAUGAUAUAGUGAAAAAUGGAUGUCACUUUGUAGCAAUUGGACAUAAGCUAGGAGGACAUGAAGACCAUGAAUGGAGAAUUUCUUUCUCCCGGGCAGAACAAAAACUUGUGUUUGUAAUGAAUCACUGUCAAUUCUUAACUUACGCCUUACUUAAAUUGAUCUUAACAGAAAUAAUUAACAAUGGAGUAAGUGAUGGUGAUAAAUUACUGUGUUCCUAUCACAUGAAGACGGCAGUUUUCUGGGUGAUUCAACAAAAUACAAUACCUCAUUGGUGUCCACAAAAUCUCCUGGGGGGUUUCUGGGUCUGUUUUAAACUCAUCCUCAAAUGGGUGUAUGAGGGGAUAUGUCCUAACUUUUUCAUUCCAGGCAACAACAUGUUUCUGAGUAAAAUUUAUGGCAUCAAACAACAUCAAUUAUUUAUAAGACUGUCAGAAUUGUAUGAGAAGGGUUUAACGUUCCUGCUACAUAGUCCCUCCAUUAGAUCUUAUAUUAUAGAUGUCCUCUAUAACCCCAGAAACUCCAUCUGUACAGAUGAUCAUACUCUGAUUUCUGUGGCUGAGUUUGAUGAAAAUCUAUUUUAUGAAACAUUACUUCAUAGAAUAAGACAUAAGUUGGACAUACAAAGCUGCAUUAGAUGUCUACAUACAAUAGAACAGAUGAUAGGAUCACCCCUCCUGACACAGUAUCAAGUCUUUAUGCUACAGAACAUUACUGCUACCUUCCUUCAGACCACUGCUUUUAUGUUACACACGGAAACUUACACACAUGACAACAAACUGAGUUAUAGAGCUGACAAAAUGUCCUGUCACAUGCUGAAAUUAGCAGCCAAGUUUGGUUGUAUUACAGACAUGCUGUACAUAGCAAUGUAUUAUUACAAGACACUUAGAUACAUGGAAGCAUUAUAUAUUAUAGAGAUGAUCAAGGUCAAGUUAGCACAGCUAUAUGUGAUGUAUUGUUAUAAUGUAGAUACAGAGAUGUAUACUGAGGCUGUAGGGGGACAGUCCUGGUCUACAAAGAUGACACAGGCUGUAGUAGGGGAUAUCACACUGAUCAAUAAAAUCCAUUUUAUCAGUGAACUGAUACCUGAACAACAGUGUGCUCUACAGAACCACCGGUUUUUUUUACUUGUACACCCCGUGGUAUUGUUAUACAUGCUCGAGAUCUUGUGCUACAGACAUGUUGACACAAUGCAAGCACAAACAGCUCUAGAUGAUCUACAGACCUUUGUUCACUGUUAUCAGGGACAGCUUAUAUGUUAUCUUACCAGAGACAUAUCGUGGCAAAUUCUGGGGAUCUGUCAGCAGGUGACAGGGAACCUCCAGGCUGCUCUAUACUCAUACCAACAAUCUCUCAGAGAAGUACCAUACCACAACAUACAAACAGCUACAGAAAUGAGAAUACAGAGAGUCUGCCAAUGGAAUCCCUUAAUUAAUUAAAUAUCAGAUGAUAUUUGAAGGAGUUCACCUGAUAGAGAUUAUCAUUUACAUAUCCUCUUCUGAUUUCAUAUUAUACAUUUAUUGCAUGAUAGUGAGGGAAAUAUGAAGACUUAUUCAGCCAAGAAAAAUCAUAUUC